CGGACGGACCUCUUUCCCUAUCGCGAACUCCGGGCCGCGCACUCGCCACCAGAGGGCUCUCAAUUAACAAUACCGAAAGCUCAUCAUGGCGGCGAACGACUACUACAACACGUCUUUCUCCCCAUCCUCACACCAGCCCCCACACAAACACACCGACGACCCUUUGCCCCCGGUCCCCACAAACCACUCCACGCAAUCCAUUUCUCCCAUAAAUUCUCCUUUCGAUGACAACAAUCGUUACGAUUACCCCCCUACACACUCCCAGUCGACGCUAGGAGGAUACAACGACACGUCGUACCACGGGGCUUCAGAUCGGCCACCACAUCGCUACGAUUCCCCCAGCCAUAACACUACGGAUCCGUUUGCGGAUCAGAACGCGAUACCGCUGCAGUCGCAAGGGAAAAUGGACGGGAGCCCCACUAGGUACAAUGCGGAUCCGGAGGGGAUCAUGUAUCCACAGGACUACAGGGGACAUGAGAAGAGUAGAAAGAAGAAGAAGGGGUGGUUUAGUGGGAGGGUGACGUGGGUGGUGUAUAUCCUGACGACGGUACAGAUUGCUGUUUUCGUGGGGGAGAUAAUAAAGAAUGCUGUGUUGACAAAGUCACCAAUUGAAAUCCAUCCCCAGUUCAACAUUAUGAUCGGCCCCUCACCCUACGUCCUCAUCAACAUGGGCGCUCGUUACCCUCCCUGCAUGCACAACAUCCGAGACGUAACCGACUUCCAACUGCCCAUCCCCUGGCCUUGUCCCAACCAAACCACCCUCGACAACCAGUGCUCCCUGAAGGAGCUCUGUGGGAUGGGCAGCGGCGUCCCAGACCAAGUCCCCGGAACCGACUUCAAAGACCGCAGCCACGAACCCAACCAAUGGUGGCGCUUCAUCGUUCCCAUCUUCCUGCAUGCCGGACUAAUCCACAUCGGCUUCAACAUGCUCCUCCAAAUGACUCUGGGCCGAGAUAUGGAAAAAGAAAUAGGCAGCCUCCGCUUCGCACUCGUCUACUUCAGCGCCGGCAUCUUCGGCUUCGUGCUCGGUGGGAACUACGCCGCUCCUAACAUCCCCUCGGUCGGAGCUUCAGGCUCGCUAUUCGGCAUCCUGGCCCUCGUCCUGCUCGAUCUACUGUACAACUGGUCCUCGCGCCGCAGUCCGGUUAAAGAUUUACUGUUCCUUCUCCUCGACAUCGCCAUCGCCUUCGUCUUGGGUCUCCUUCCUGGCCUCGACAACUUCAGUCACAUUGGUGGUUUCCUCAUGGGUCUCGUUCUCGGAAUAUGCCUGAUGCACUCCCCACAAGCGCUACGCGAACGCAUCGGCACCGACGAACCGCCCUACUCAACCGUUGACACCACCCCCCUGAACUCGGGCGCCGCGCCAGGGAUCAAGAAGUUUGUGAAGCAGCCAGUGGGCUUUUUCAAGGGUCGGAAACCAUUUUGGUGGGUGUGGUGGUUAGCGAGAGCCGGGGCACUGGUGGCCGUGUUUAUUGGGUUUAUUUUGCUGUUGAAGAAUUUUUAUGAGUGGAGGAAUGAGUGUAAAUGGUGUCAUCAUUUGACGUGUUUGCCCAUCAAAAAUUGGUGCGACAUUGGCAACUUCAACCUCACUGUCACCAACGUCACCAACGAAACCAUACCUUCUAGACUAGCGCGUGAUAUCCUGGCGCCUGUGUCUCUAGGAGCUUUCUAAGCGGAUGAUGUCUUCUUGUAUAAGAAAAUAAAAGCGAGAAAACAGAAGACCAAUUAUUCUGUGUGUUUCAGGGCCACAAAACACCCAUCAAUGAGCUCACUCUGC